GUCGUCACUCGUCACGUCAACUUGUCAUCCGUUUAUUCUGGUUUGGUUGGUUUAUUCGGUUUGCGAUCAUUAGACAUUAGACAACGAUUUGUAUCAAUAUUAAUUAUAAGCUAAAAAUCAGCAGAGAAGAGCAGUACCAUGGGUAAUGAAAGUUCCUUGCCCAUGGAGCUAUGCUCAAAUUUCGAUGCUGAUGAGAUACGACGUCUUGGAAAGAGAUUCCGUAAACUGGAUCUGGACAAUUCUGGAGCCCUGAGUAUUGAUGAGUUCAUGUCACUCCCUGAACUACAGCAGAACCCACUGGUUCAGCGUGUUAUUGAUAUUUUUGAUGCAGAUGGAAAUGGAGAAGUAGACUUCAAAGAAUUCAUUCAAGGCGUCUCCCAGUUCAGUGUCAAAGGUGACAAGCUGUCAAAGCUGAGAUUCGCCUUCCGCAUCUAUGACAUGGACAAUGACGGAUUUAUCUCUAAUGGCGAGCUGUUCCAGGUCCUGAAAAUGAUGGUCGGAAACAACUUGAAGGAUACACAGCUCCAGCAGAUUGUUGACAAAACUAUCCUGUUUGCCGACAAGGAUGAAGACGGCAAGAUCUCCUUCGAGGAAUUUUGCAAUGUCGUAGGCAACACGGACAUCCACAAAAAGAUGGUCGUCGACGUCUAAAAAGUACCAAAAAAAUCCAGCUCGGCGCCUGAUCUUUUUUACUGCACGGACCCAAUGCCCGUGUCGCUUCAGUCUCUUAGAGAACUAUACGCCUGUCUGCCCUAUAUUACAUACUUCAAUUUGAUGUAUCAUCUAGCUUCACAAUCACCCUCUUUCACAAUCAGGCUGCCGAGUUGGGAAAAUAGUCAUCUUCUAGCCCUAAGUUUCAAAAUACUUCACUGUAAAAAUCUUAUAAAGAGCUCAUGCAUGUUUUUUGCUUUACCAUUGAAGAUAUUUUAUAAAAAACAAAAAUAUAUUGAAAAAUGGUUGUUCUUUAUACUUAUUACUUUAAUCUAAUCUAGGUGUUUUGUGUGUAUAGCUUUAAAAAUAAUAACCUAUAAGUGUUAAACUGCUUAAGAGAAUAUAGCUUCAGAUGUACUUAGUACUUAGCCUUUUCACAUGACAAACCGGUUAGAAAACUCGUUGUACGGGUUUUUGUUCCAAGGGUGCACGGCGAAAUCCGUUUCGAAGAUUUUUCUGAACCGGUUAAAUCCAACAACUCGAUUUCCUCCCAGAAAAUACCAAGGAAAAGCCAUGGAAACCACCGGAAAACCUAUAGGGUCCUAUACUAGUCAUACCCGUUAUGUAUUCCCAGCAUUCUAUGGUUUUUCCCAAGUUUUCUGAGAGGGGAACCUUGUAGGCUGCUAUUCGCUGUGCUUUUUCGAUAAUGUGUGCAUCGGAAGAAAACACCGAAUUGACGUCGCGUUGGCAUUUUUAUCUAACACGAAAUGUAGAUGUGAAGUAGGUAGUAGAGUUUUGGAAAGUUCCACUAUAAUGUACCAUAUGUUAAACUGUUGUGUGAUGAUGUUUUAGAAAUUUAUGUUGAUCAAUAAACGUUAUUCACCUCUCUCAAAAA